AUGGACCGUCGUGUUCAAUCCCAGUCCUCCUACAUUAAACGUCCUGUUGUCAUGAAAACUCCAAACAGCUAUAGCCAUUACUCUAAACCCUGUAACUCAUGGCUUGGCGUUGACUUUGGUGGUAGGUAUACUGGGUAUGACUACGAAUCAACAUCCUCAGGCUCCACUUCUGAAACCCUGGCCAUCGGAAAUGAGAAGAAAGCCAUGGAGAACCUGAAUGACCGCCUGGCCUGCUACCUGGAGACAGUGAGGGAACUGGAGAAAGCCAACAGAAAGCUGGAGAUCAAGAUUCAAGAGGCCAUUGAGAAGAGAGGCCCGGAGGAGGAGAGAGACUACAGCAGGUACAACACCAUCAUCUCGGAGCUGAGAGCCCAGAUACUUGAAAUGAUCAAGGACAACACACAUCACGCUAUCGCAGUGGAGAACGCACGUCUGGCCUCGGACGACUUCAGAGACAAGAUUGAGUAUGAGCUGUCCAUGCGUCAGACAGUGGAGGACGAUGUUGCGGGACUGAGGAAGUAUCUGGAUGACACCAAUGUUAAUUGUAUGCACCUGGAGAGUGAAAUCGAGUCUCUGAAGGAAGAGUUGAUCACCCUUAAGAAGAACCAUGAGAUGGAUGUCGCUGAAAUGCGUGGCCAGAUUCACUAUGGGGUCCAUGUGGACGUUGACGCCCCAAAAGGACAGGACCUGGCCCAGAUCAUGGACGAGAUGAGGGCUAAGUAUGAGCUGAUUGCACAGAAGAACCAGGAUGAGGUCGAAGCAUGGCAUGAAUCACAGAUCACAGAGGUGCAGGGGCAUGUGGAUGAGCAGUCAUCUGCUCUGAAGGAAGCAACGAAUAAAGUUACUGAAAUUACGAGGAACUAUCAAGCACUGGAGAUUGAACUACAGUCAAUGCUUAGCCUCAAAGAAAACCUGAAGGCUACCCUCCAUGACAUUGAGAUGCGUAACGACAUGGAGAUGGAGAAGUACAACACAACCAUCUUGAAGCUGCAGGAUGAACUCACUGACAUCCACAACAACAUCAAGGAGAACACACUCAAGUAUGAGCUUCUGCUCAACAUCAAGAUAAAACUAGAGGCCGAGAUCGCUGAGUACAGGAGGCUGCUGGAGGGUAGUGGAGACUUUACACUUGAGGAUGCAGUUGAUUCUAAGGUCGAGACCAAGCUGGUCACUCAGAGACUGGUGGAUGGCAAAUUGGUGCAAGAGAGCAAGGACGUCCAGUCUGCUUAA